GUCUGUUGAAGUGAAAACACAACGCCGUCCUUCUGUAUUUUGUGAACAUGUAUAGGCUGCUGGUAUCGCCGGAUUUCUGCAAAUCUUUCUAAAAAUGUUUAAUGCAUCUUCCUGUGUACUCGAAGAUGGCGGAGUCGGACGGUGGGGAUUUUGCUUCGAAUCAUCUGCAGAACAGUAUGAUUAACAAGAAUAGCACUCUACGCUGCACGUUCUCAGCUGCCAGCCACAGUACUACACUCCUCCAAGGCUUGUCAGGUUUGCGGGCCAAGGGUCAACUACUUGAUGUUGUGCUGACCAUCAAUGGGGAACGCUUCCUGGUCCACAAAGCUGUACUGGCUGCCUGUAGUGAUUAUUUCAGAGCAAUGUUUACCGGAGGCAUGAGGGAGUCUAACCAGGAUACUAUCGAGCUGAAGGGCUUGUCUGCCCGAGGCCUAAAACACAUAAUUGACUUUGCAUACAGUGCAGAAGUGACUUUAGACCUGGACUGCAUUCAGGAUGUCCUUGGAGCAGCUGUAUUUCUGCAGAUGGUCCCUGUCGUGGAGCUUUGCGAAGAGUUUCUCAAGUCUGCAAUGAGCGUGGAAACCUGCCUACAUAUCGGUCAGAUGGCCACUACCUUCAACCUGUCUUCCCUGAAAGAGUCGGUGGAUGCCUUCACUUUUCACCACUUUCUCCAAAUCGCAGAGGAAGAGGACUUUUUGCACAUCCCGAUGGAACGCCUGGUUUUCUUCUUGCAGAGCAACAAGCUAAAGAACUGUAGUGAAAUAGAUGUAUUCCACGCUGCCAUUAGAUGGCUCCAGUAUGAUGAGUCCCGCCGGGCUCAAGCUAAUCAGGUGCUCUGUCAUGUGCGCUUCCCACUCAUGCGCUCCUCUGAGCUGGUGGACAGUGUCCAGACAGUGGACAUCAUGGUGGAGGAUGUAAUGUGCCGCCAGUAUCUCCUUGAGGCCUUCAAUUACCAGAUCCUGCCGUUCCGACAGCAUGAAAUGCAGUCUAGUCGGACAGUCAUCCGUUCUGAUAUCAUGUCUCUCAUUACUUUUGGCGGUACUCCCUACACUGACAAUGACCGCACUGUGAGCAGCAAAGUGUAUUGUCUCCCUGACUGUGCUUCCCGCCAGUUCAAAGAACUGACAGAGAUGGAGAUGGGCUGCAGUCAUGCUUGUGUUGCUGUACUCGACAACUUUGUGUACAUAGUUGGUGGACAGCAUUUACAAUACCGGAGUGGUGAAGGAGCAGUAGACAGCUGCUUUCGCUAUGAUCCACACCUCAACCAGUGGCUCCGCAUCCAACCAAUGCUGGAGGCACGUAUCCAGUUUCAGCUCAAUGUGUUGCAUGGACAGCUCUAUGCCACUGGAGGGCGUAAUCGUUCUGGUACUCUGUCUUCUGUGGAGCGUUACUGCCCAAAGAAGAAUAAAUGGACUGAUGUGAAGCUGUUGCAGCGCAGGAUCUGGGGUCAUGCUGGCAGUCCUUUUGAAGACAAGCUGUAUAUCUCAGGGGGGUAUGGUGUGUCUUUGGAUGACAAGAAAAUGCUUCAGUGCUAUGACCCAACAUCUGACCAGUGGAACUUCAGAGCUCCCAUGAACGAGCCCAGAGUGUUGCAUGCCAUGAUCAGCACCAGGGAUCGCAUUUAUGCCUUUGGUGGUCGUAUGGACCACGUGGACCGUUGUUUCGAUAUGCUGGCGUCUGAGUAUUAUGUUCCAGAACAUGACCAGUGGACCUCCAUCAGUCCCAUGCGAGCAGGACAGUCUGAGGCAGGCUGCUGCUUAUUGGACAAAAAGAUUUACAUCAUUGGGGGCUACAACUGGCACCUCAACAAUGUAACAAGUAUUGUACAGGUUUACAACACUGAAACAGAUGAGUGGGAAAGGGAUUUGCACUUCCCAGAAUCCUUUGCUGGCAUUGCCUGUACACCAGUUAUACUUCCACAAAACUCAACGCUAACUGUGUGACCUGACAACUGUGAUGAAGUGAUCCCACUGUUCUUUCUACUGAUUGUUAAAUCAACACAAGCUGUGAAUACAAAGCUACUGUUGUCUGAACAUUAUGGACCAGUGAUGAUGGGUUAAUAACUAUUUGGCAUUUUUGGUGAAGGGACUAAAAUAUAAAGUGCAGGCUUUCAGCUUUAAUGUGGGCAUACCAGUCUAAAUCAGGUGCACACUGUCAAAAUUACAGCACUUUAUUGAUGAGUCAGUGUUGUUUUUUUCUUGUCACUUCCUUACACUUGUUAGUAUAUUGUAUCUUACUGGCAAAUGCAUAGUAACAAUACUUCUCAGCAUUAAGAAUUCAGUCAUUUGGAGCCUUUUCUUGACUGUCUGUGGUAGCUCACAGUCUAAAGUGCACAGUUGCAGGUGCAUUUGGGGCAUGUCCAGCUCCACAUUGAUAUUUAUGUAGUGCAUAAUUGGAGCACAAACUGAGGCGCAGGACUCAAAGAGGUUGAUUUAGUAAUUUAAUUGGUUGUGUGUGUGUGUGUGUGUGUGUGUGUGUGUGUGUGUGUGUGUGUUUUGGACAUAACAUGAAACCAAUGAAUAGGUUUUGCUGGUGUGUGGAGCCGUCACAUUUUGCUGCUUUAUGAUGGCACUACUCCGACACUACACCUGACCACACCUCAUUUUAAGGUCAACACCCUUACCUGGUGAGCAAAACCGCAUUUGCAAUUUCAUGAACAUGGGCAUUGAUGGGGAAAAUGACAUCAGCAUGGGCUUGAAACUAUCAAUGACUGUUGUGCUGAUUUGUACUUUGUGGAAGAUGGGGCCCUAAAAUUGUUGGGAUCAUUAAAUAAGUUAAAACACUGGGGGGGGGGUUGUUGUUUUUGUUUAAAGUACACAUCACUCUGUGUGUGUAAGACUCGAGUUUUGCAUUUUCUACUGUGUUGGAGAGUAAGUUUGUUGUGCAAAGUUAUCAAGAGACUCAACUUUGAAAGUGGUGGAAGUUUUGAUUGUACAGCAUUUUGUGAUUGCAAAAUUUAUGCCUAUUUUUAUCGUACAUUUUAAGUAUACUAUUUGGUUUUUCAAGCUACCAAAUGCACAAUAACUAAUUAUAUUUGUCUUCUCUUUUAAGUAUGUGUCUUCUCAAACGGGUUUUCAACAUGUCCAAUAUUAAUAGCUCAAAGUAAUUGCACAGAUAAACACAAGUGUCUGACGUGCUUCGACUAAGUCAUUGCACUUACAACUUGUUGGCUCAUGCUCUGUUGUGUUGUACUCCCUUGAAUCAGUCUUUUUGUUUCCUCUACUGAAGCCCAAAUUAUUCUUUUGGUCAAAUGGCAUUCAGACCCUAAUAUGGUGUCGUGCACAGAGAAUGAAAUAACAUUCCUAUUGUGUGUUAUAAUCCAAGCUUUUCUGUUCCUUGUUUUCAUAAGGACAUGGGUACAGUUACAUGACCUAUAUUCCAAGUGGUAGUGGCUAUGAACAAUGAUCAUAAGCAGUCUGUGGCUAUGACACAACACCUUGAGGUAUUUCCACCAUGUCAUGCAUGAUUUAAGUUCAAGUACAGAUCACUCUGUGUGUGUGUGUGUGUGUGUGUGUGUGUGUGUGUGUGUGUGUGUGUGUGUGUGUGUGUGUGUGUGUGUGUGUGUGUGUGUGUGUGUGUGUGUGUGUGUGUGUGUGUGUGUGUGUGUGUGUGUGUGUGUGUGUGUGAGAGAGAGAGACUUGAGUUUUGCAUUUUCUACUGUGUUGGAGAGUAAGUUUGCUGUGCAAAGUUAUCAAGAGGCUCAACUUUGGGGGAAAAAAAGAUGGUGACACGUUCUUGAAAAAGAAUGUCACCAUUUUUUUUACAUUAUUUAUUUUUAGCAAGUCCUCUGAAGUAAUAAUACUACAAUAUAUUGUUCUUCACUGAUUGGUAUUCCUAGGUUCUCUUGUAGUUGCUAAGUGUCAGAGCAUCACUGAGUGGUAAUGUCUCAUACCUGUAGCUACCAUUUGGGAUAGAAGCUGUAUCCUUUUCACAACUAGAGUGGUGUGCAUAUGAGUCCUACACGUGUGUUUAGUGCAUGUGCAUCCUGCCCUGUGAAAACCUUUCCUCACUUUGUUUACAAAGAGACGAUAGUGACCUUCCACAUCGCUCUGCACAUUCAGGAUGGCCAGUAAUGGCUUUCCAGAAGUUCCUCCCACAAAAAAGGGUCAUUCAGAGGUUAAAAAUGUUUGUGAUCAUGAAUGUUGUCAGACUAGAAACAUUAAUUGUUUGGCUUUUCCUAGAUUCAGAGCUCAACUGCUUUUUUUUUGUUUUUUACCUUAUAUGGAGGAGGGGGAGGGUUGGGGAGGAAUGGUGAGGAGAAGCCAGUGUUUUGAUGUGUGUGCAACAUCUAGUGACACUAAGUUAUUUGUGGCACCUGUAAUGUGCGCAUGUCCUACUCACUGUUCAAUACAUGCUGCAUGCACGUAUUCAUUUCUCUAUUGACGAGCACAAUAAACGUAAGUGCUAACU